AUGGGCCGAAGGAAGAAAGCGACCAAGAAGGUCCAGACGCGCAAGAAACAAGCGGUCUCUACGGUGUUCAAGUGCCCGUUUUGCUCGCACGACGAAGCCGUUGAGUGCAAAAUGGACCGUGAACGGAACAUUGGCCACUUGUCCUGUCGCGUCUGUACGGAGAGUUUCCAGACACCUAUUCACUACUUGAGCGCGCCUAUUGACGUGUACACGGACUGGAUCGAUGAGUGUGAAGCAUUGAACGCGUAG